AUUCCAGUCACUUAAUCUUUUUGCUCCACAAUGAUCCCUGGCCAAGAUGAAUGAAUGUAUGAUGCUCUGUUUCGAAUUACUAUGAGCUUGUGGCUCAUCAGGAUGGGUGAGUUAAAAGUGAAGGUAAGUAGCAUUUCAAGCUAGAUUGUUUUGACUUUUGUUCUUGUCACGUUGCACGUUAUUGUAUGUAUCUGUGUGCUAGUAGAGCCUGUGUCUUGUUUUUUUCACUGGGGAUAUUAUUAGAACAGUCACAUACUGUUCCUGAAACACUUCAUCCACAUAGUCAGUGCAGUUGUUUCAUGAUGUCCGUCAAGUGUUAAUAAAGUGUGAUUUACCUCUUCUCCUCACAGCCUUUCAGUAGAGCUGCACUGACACAAGUCUGUACUCUGCUGUCAUCUCUUUUAUUAGAAGCUCUUUCAAAAGGAGAAACAGAUUUACACUUCAUAAACUAUACUUUUAUGUUUCUUCCCUUUCUUCUGCUAUAUGCCUCAUUUGAAGUACUCCAGUCACCAGCUUGUGACUUCUCAUACACGUGUUUCUAAUGGGAAUGAUGAAUGUUUACUUCAUUUUACUUGGAUUUAGUGAAUAAAAGCAACUUUAAAUUCCUAGGUUUCAUUUGCUGCCUUACGCUUAGCAUUUCUAAUGAUCAAUUAAAGAACAACGUGAAUUCAAAAUAAGUAAUGCCAAUAUUAGGUAACGAACUUCCAGAAAAUGUCAUGUCAAAUCAAGAUUUUAGGGUAGUGAAAGUAAAAUCUAAUCAGAAGUACAAGAUAAUAGAAAUAUGUAGACAUUAAGGUAUUGGUCAGGAAACUUGUUUGUCACUGUGAUUUAAUAUUGGUAUAUUUAAGUAGCUACUAACUUUUUUUUUUUUUUUUAUACUUGGUCCCAAUAUAUUUGGAGUACAUUUUAAAUUUCAUUUCUAAAUGUUUGUUGUACAUUAAUGUCAAUGUUUGUCUCCAUCAUUAUAAUAUUUGAGUUAUGCAAAGCCUUUUUUUUAAUUGAAAUUGUCCUUGUUCCUUCCUUCCAACUGUUAUGCUGUAAAAUAAAUAACGAUUGACUAGAAUUGUUGCAUUGAUCACCAUCCUUUUAACAUGAGUGUUACUCUAUAUAUAAAUUACAAACGUCUAAAGAAUCUUGGGUUAAAAUUAUUCAGUGAUUUAACAUUUAACUGCUAAUUAUUUGAAAGGCAAUAGCCAUCUAUUUAUAACUGAAAAAGUUAUUUAUUAACCACUAAUCUGAAUAUUGUGGUGCAAGGUCCUCCUCUUACAGUUGUAAUGAGGUAAAAUAGCAUAGGCUAUAUUUUUUUUCUUAGAAAGUUGUUAGCUUUUUUUCUUAGACAUUUAUAGCACACGUUUUAUAAGAAUGACCCAUAUAAAAAUGAACAUGAAAUGAAUAUGAUUUCAGUCUGAUAUAUAAUUUCAAACAAGACAGUGAGUAAAGCCUUGGUUUUGAGCAGGAUGUCCUGUGACAGCAGCUCAGAUGUGCAGUUUUGGGAGGUGAGGACUUUAUAUGCUUUAUCUGGUCUAUUAGUACACAGAAGAGCAAUAUAAGAAGUUCAUAGAUUCAGAAUUAUAACAUUCAUAGAACACCAAAAUUACCCAAAAGAAAAGCACAAUCUCUAGGGGUCUAAUGGGGAAUCUUCUCGCCUUUAGACAGCGUUAACAUAAUCUAAGCUGUAUAUAAUUUAGGAAUACAAUAUACACAAUGUAUAGUAUCUUACAAUAGAAAUAACUUUUCACAUUGUGCUUUAAUGCUCAUCUCCAUGUGUUUCUCAUAUCUGUGAAUAAAGGCAACAUGAUGGUUAUUUAAUCCUUUUCCUGUGUCGUGGAUUUGUUUACCUCAUUGCACAGCUAUUUUCUGCAGUUCUGUAAUCGUCUGUACCCUCAUAUUCCCCGAACCCACACACACACACACACACACACACACAUACACACAUGAGACGAGUAAAUGAUCAUUCCUAUACCACCGCGUCAAUAAAAGCGCCCUCCGCUGCCCGACAAGAAAUUCUGCAUCCAUCGUCUCAUUUCAGGAAAGAGUCCCAGCGGAUGUACGGCGUCACGUGCUCUAAGAGGACGCGGAUGCUGUCGCAAUUUGGCGCGCUUUUUGUUUGAAUUUGUACAUUGUUCUUACUCUCCAGUCAGCUCUUUUACGUGCUUCAACCAAUAAACAGAACCAAGAAAUAACCCAUCCUGCCUUUUAUCUUUUUCAAUAAUCUAUGUCCCUCAAACACACAAUACAGAAGAAAAGUGCUGAAUUUUUUGUAGUAUUAUAAAAAUGAUAGUACCAUCAGUAACCUUGAUGUCAGGAGUGCAGAUGCCACUUUUGGGUUUGGGCACAUACAAGCUCCAGGACCGUGAGCAGCUGAAAAAAUCUGUCAGUUCUGCACUUCAAGCUGGAUACAGAGCCUUUGACACAGGUGCAGUUUAUGGAAAUGAGGCACUUCUAGGGCAAGUCCUCAAAGAGCUGCUGCCAAAGUAUGGCCUAAGUCGUGAAGAUGUGUUCAUUAUCAGCAAGCUUGCCCCAUUAGACCAUGGGCCGAGGGCAAAGGAAGGCUGCCUGCGGAGUCUGGAGCAACUAGACUGUGAAUUCAUCGACCUCUAUCUAGUGCACUGGCCUGGGGUGGAGGGUCUUGACCCAGGGGAUUCUCGUCAUUCAGAGUAUCGAGCGCAAAGCUGGGCGGCCCUAGAGGAGUUCUAUGCCAGCGGGCGAUUCAAGGCCAUAGGGGUUUCAAACUACACUGCAAAGCACAUUAUGGAGCUGCUCACGAGUUGCCGCGUCCCCCCAGCGGUUCUUCAGAUUGAGUGUCAUCCGAAGCUGAUCCAGAGGGAACUGAGGGAAUUAUGCAUGGAGACAGGCAUUCACUUUCAGGCCUACUCUUCGCUGGGUAAAGGAGCUCUCCUGAGGGAGCCUGAGGUAAUGGAUAUAGUGAGGAGCUGUGGUCGGACCCCUGCCCAGGUUCUAAUGAGGUGGGCUGUGCAGCAAGGCAUCUCCGUUCUGCCUCGGUCCUCGCAGCCGUGCAGAGUGCAGGAGAAUGCACAGGUGUUUGACUUCCAGCUAAGUGAGAUGGAUAUAAUGAGGCUGGAUGCCUUGAACUGUGGAACAAGGUUUUGUAAACGAGACUCUAGCAAAAUAGCUUAAGCCUGAAGAUAUGACAAUCUCUAUUCUGGUUCCAAGGCAAAAUAAAUGUAAAAUUCAGCAAACUGAAUUAUCAUUGUAAAUAGAUUCAAUGAUGUGAUUGUGAUGCUUGCUUUAGUAGUAUUAAAAAAAAAAAAAAAAAUGUACAUGCAAUGACUUGAAUACACCAUUGAUGAGCAUGUGAAUUAUUAUUAUUAUAGUUUUUAAUUAAAAGUCAAAAUAGGAUGAUAAGAUGUAUUUUUAUGCCAAGUUAACCCCUUUAUGACCGUGCAUGGUUAAUUCAGGUUGUAUAAGGUGGUGACCCACCAAGAAGUAAUAUUUGAAUUAAUAUCAACCCAGCCCCCAAAAGAUUAAUACAAAGUCACAUUGACCAAAUAACAACGCUAAAAUAAUUUUACACUAAAUUCAGCCAGAAAAUCUUUUAUUUUGACCACAAAAUUAUAGAAAAAAGAUAAAAACUUGUGAUUGUUUUAAAAAGUAUUAAAACAGUUCAUCCAUUACUCAGUCUACGUUGACGAUUAUAAAUAUGUACAAGGAGCGUGAAAAAAGGAAUGAAAGUAUCAUCAAGGCUGAUAGUACAGAAACAGAACUUGUGCUGUUCAUCUGCACAUACGAUUGGCAAAAAUUGAAUGUUGUUUUACAUACAAGACCAGCAGAUGGAAUAUAAAAAGAAAAAAUCCAAUAGAGACUACAGACAACUCUACAAUCAAGAAAUAUGCACAUGAAAGGCAGUGAGAAAUUGUUUUCCUGGUGACAUACCCAAGUAUAGUCAGCAUAAAAAGAGAUGGCAGAACAACUGAUUUCAUCCAAUCUUACUUCACCACAACAGUUUGGCAUUAAAAAACAAACAAACCUGAGAUGAAGCAACAAAUGAACUGAAAGAACUUUACCCGUAUUAUUUUUACCGUCACUAACCUGUACUUCACAACUUACUUUAUCCAGUGUCACAGUCCUUGAAUUCUAUUUACAUUUUGCAAGCAACCGCUCCAGCCUUUAGUACAACAAAACGCACACCUAUAUAUCCAUCUAUAAAAUACAUCUUAGAACACA